AACUUGUCCACUGAUGUAUAGCGUUCACAGAAUUAGCCAGGAAGUUGUUUAUCGCUGUAAACAUUUUAACUUCCAUUGCUGUUUUCUUCCUGUUAAUAUCUUUAAAAAUGGCUCAAGGUGAUGAUGAAAAGUUUGAGAUCAAAGGUUUAAUCGGUGAAGGUGCAUUUGGGAAAGUGUUCUUGCUGGAAAAGCCAUCAUCUAAGGAACAGUUGGCUUUAAAAAUGUGUCAACUUGCUGGAAAACAUCCAAAAGAGAUUGAGCAGACGGUUCAAGAAGUGAAACUGUUGGCAUCGUUAAAACAUGAAUAUAUAGUACAGUAUGUAGAGGCUGCUUUUGAAGAUGGAAAGUUAAUGAUCAUUACAGAAUACUGUCCGAAUGGUGAUUUACAAGAGUAUCUCCGUGAUCACGCUGGUACCGCCAUGGAAGAAAAUCGGCUUAUUGAAUGGAUCAGACAGAUCACCAGCGCACUUGAGUAUCUUCACGGACUACCCAACCCCGUCAUACAUAGAGAUUUGAAAACGGCCAACAUUUUCUUUGAUGGUAAAUGGAACACAAAACUUGGCGACUUUGGAAUAGCAAGAAUUCUACAGACCGCUACCGACUUGGCGAUGACACAAUGCGGAACACCGAUGUAUAUGAGCCCUGAAGUGUUUGCUGGCAUACCCUACUCGGACAAGACUGACAUCUACUCUCUCGGCAUCAUGAUGUAUGAGAUGGCCCACAUGGACAAGGAAGCGAUCUUACCGCAGAUGAUAUUAUUCAAAAUUGUCCACCAAACGUUGCCGACGAUGCCGACUAAUUACAGCAGUGACGUAACAGAUCUACUCACGUCGAUGAUAAAGAAAGAUCCCCGAGAUCGUCCGUCUGCGAAACAGAUUCUGAGUCAUAAAAUGUUUAAAUCGCCGAAGAAGGUUUUGCAAAUUCCUCCUAAAAGAAAACACAGUCUGUCAGAUGUUGAUGACGAGGACAAACAAGAUGAUGGCAUGAAAACUUUACUUGGUACUCUAACUCAGCUACAUAUGCAUGAUGGCCGGGUAACACGAGGAGGUGGUGCCGCAAACAUGCUGGGAAACAGAGGUGAUGACGGGACAUGUCUCGCGAAGGACAAUGAUGAAUUUGAAAGUAAUCCCGUAAUGCAGUUUGUGAAGAGAACCCUUGCUGACAUGGGUCAUGAUCAGAUUGAAAUCCAAGGACGAUCCAUGCUGGAAAGACAGCUUGAGAUGCUUAAAAUAUAUUGUCUGCAUUGUCUAGAUAACAAUACAGGUUUAUUCGAGCGUGCUUGUAAGGCACUAGACACUUACCAUAGUGAGGAAGAAAUCGAGGAAGUGCUGAUUCGAAUCCUGGGUCACGAGAGGUAUGGUCUGUGCGGAUUACAGCUACUGCAUUAUAAAAACUUCAAGUUCAAUCUCCGAUCAUAAACUAAAUCAUAGAUGUUUGGAAGACAAGAAAUUUGUUGAUUUACUGUGAUAAAACAUUAAAUAAUGAAACUUGUGAUUAUGUGAUAAACAUACUUGUGAUUAUAAGGAUAAAUCGUUAGAGUUGAUACUUGUGAUUAUGUCAUAAAACUGAAAUUUACAUAAAACGCCUGAUCAUAUAUUAUACUACGCAGAAAAACUGAAAUCUAGAGGUUAUUUAUAUAUACAACGUUAAAGUACUAAAUCUGUAUAUUAAAUUAUACAUACUGCAUUUACUGAUAAAAACUGCAUAUGUUCUGGAUGUUUUACAUAUACUACGUUGAAGAACUGAAAUAUGUACGUUAUCAUACAUAUAUUACGUUCAAGAUCUAAAAUCUGGAUGUUUUACAUGUACUACGUUGAACUACUGAAAUCUGGAUGUUAAAUUAUAUAUACUAUGUUAAAGAACUGAAAUCUGGAUGUUUAACAUAUACUACGUUACUGAAAUCUGGAUGUUUAACACAUACUACGUUGAAUUAAAAGUAAAGAAAUAAAUAAGCAGAUAAAUAAAUGAAUUUAAUGAAAUAAAUAAUGAUUGAAUAAAGCAUAAAAAUGUAUCACAAUGUCAGGUCUCUAUUCCAGCUCAGAAUGUUUGAAAAUAUUCUGAAGAGUACAGAAUAAUGAUUAUCAGUCUUGCUCUUGAUAUUAUUGCUAAAUAUCAUCUAAAUAAUAUUUAUUAAGAAAGCAUUAAAUGUUUUUUCACUAUGUGAGACAAUCUUGUUUGAAAAGGAAGUCAACAAAAGACCUCAACUAUAUUUAGAAAUACAUUUUCUAUUGUACUCUUUUUAACAAAGUAUUAACCUUGAUUAAAUUGAUUACUGAUUCUAAUUAAUGUUGCCCAAUAUUUUUCGUAUAGUUUAAUGUAUAAUUGUUUCGAUAUCAAAACUCAUCUAGCCGAAAACAUACAUACUUGAAAUACAAAAUCGGUUAUAUCUCAUCCAAUAUUCUUUUUUUUUGUUAAAUACUCGUAUGCGCUUGUUAAAGGUAAAAUAUUACAACCGACCGAAUAUCCUUCUUUAUAAAGAAUUAAUGGGAAACAAGAGUUUAAAAAAAAUGUGGAAUAUAGAAAAUUUUGUGAAUUUGUCAAAGAAAUAAUGUGUAUAUUAUGUAACUGAAAAUAAUGAUAAAACAAUUUCGGUAAGAAACAUCCGUAUUUCAUUUAUUUUUAUCAUGUAUUUUUAUCUUCUUUUUUUCUUUCUUCUCUUUUCUUCUUAUUUAAAUUGAAAUAACACAUUUUUAGCAUGUUCAAAAUGUAUUAUGCCAUAUAAACUGAAAACAAUUAUGUAAGAUUGAUUUUUUCCAUUCAUUGUUCUUGAUAAUGACAUUAUUAAAAUUUACUAGAUAAAAAUAAUUAUUGUAUAUAAUUUCUUUCCAUGUGGAUAUAUGAUUGAUUGGUGCCUCGAUUUCUAUCUAUUGUAUUAUUGCUGUCAUGCUGUCAUGUAUUGAGCCGCGUCAUGACAAAACCAACGACUAGCAUGGAUCUAGACCAGCCUGCGCAUCCGCGCAGUCUGAUCAGGAUCCAUGCUGUUCGCUAUCAGUUUCUCUACUUGUUAUAGACUUUAUAAGCGAACAGCAUGGAUCCUGAUCAGGCUGCGCGGAUGCGCAGGCUGGUCUGGAUCCAUGCUGGUCGCAAACGCACUAUGUUGGUUUUGUCGUGACGCGGCUCAAUUAUUGUGCAUGUCUUGAGAGAAAGAAAGAUAGUGUAUUGAAAUUAAAAAGGUAAUACGCUUUAACAUAAUCAUUGUUACAUUUGUUGGAAUAACUCUUACAUCACUCAAUAAUCAAUGCCAUAUAUACACAUUGUACUUAUUAUAACUACACAA